AUGGCAAAGCUUUCUUUGUAUGCAAGAAAAGGAGUGAUUUCUUUAAAAUCCGCCGAAAAUUCAAACAAAAAAAUACAAGAAGUUCUACUGGAGGAAGGAAUUAACACUUCAAUCACAGCAAUUUCGCUCUUUCUUUCGCGAUAUCGAAAGACUGGUCGCCUCAACGAUGCUCGUCGAAGUGGCCGAAAGCCGAAAUUAAGACAAGAACAUGUCGAUUACAUGGACGAAAAGAUGAAGGAAAAUGACGAAUUGACUUCACGGGAAUUGAAAGAAAAGGUUGCCAAAGAUUGCGACAUGGAUGUGUCAACAGCGACAAUUCGACGAGCAAGGCGAAAAUUAGGCUGGAAGAAAGAGAAUGCGAGGUAUUGCCAGUUCGUACGUGAACCCAACAAGAUGAAACGACUGGCUUUCUGUUUGAAGGCCUUACGUGAGAAGGAAAAGUUCGAAAACAUUAUCUUCACAGACGAAACCAGCGUGCAAAUCGAACAACAUGCUAGGAUUUGCUUUCGGAAAGAUGGAAGUCAACCAAAGCGCAAAGGCCGGCCAAAGCAUCCACUGAAGGUUCGUAUUUCGCUCAAUGUAAUGUUGGGUUCUUUGUCGUUUUCUAUAAACUACGUAUAA